GGGCCAAGGUUGGGAGAAGGGGAGGCGUCAAGACAGGAAUUUAGGUGACUAGGCAGGCAGGCAAAAGCAAGGUGGGGGAGCUGUGACCUCAGCACUGGCGGGAGACCCUGGAGUCCUCACCCCUGGGUUGGGGGCCGAACCUGCUGAGCCAGGCCGCCCUCUCCCACACCCACACUCAGCACCUGGAGCCCGACCCAUCGGCUCGUGUCUCCGCCUCCUUCGCUACACAAUCUCGCUCCUCGUCCCAGCCUGCCAGGGCCUAGUACUCGGCUGCCCGCAGGACCGCAGUCUCCUUCCUGCCCGGCUCUGGAGGGUGCCCUGGAAGCCAUGGAGGUACUGGUCCUGGCGGGAUACCACGCGCAGAAGGAGGGCGAGCUGAGUCUGGCUCCCGGGGACGUGGUCCGGCAGGUGUGCAAGGGACCAGCACGGGGCUGGCUGAGCGGAGAGCUGGGGGGCCAUUGUGGCCUCUUCCCCGAGCGUCUAGUGCAGGAGAUCCCGGAGAGUCUGCGCAGCGCGGGGGAGGCGCCGAGACCACGCUGUGCGCGCCGCCGAGGUCGCCCCGCCAAAUCUCGGGGCCCCCAAAGAUGGUGCAAAGUGAACUUCAACUACAGCCCGGGGCAGGGGGACGAGCUGAAGUUGCAAGCUGGGGAGAUUGUGGAAGUGAUAAAAGAGAUUGAGGACGGCUGGUGGCUGGGGAAAAAGAACGGGCAGCUGGGAGCCUUCCCAUCCAACUUUGUGGAGUUGCUGGACAGUGAGCCCCCAAGCCUUGGUAACUCAGACAUGCCUUCCGUCAGCCCUGAUCCCCAGCGGCCUCCCAAGCUGAGCAGCCUGACCUAUGACAGCCCUCCAGAUUACCUGCGGACAGUCUCCCAGCCUGAGACCUACAGGGUCCUGUUUGACUACCAGCCGGAGGCCCCAGAUGAGUUGGCAUUGCGGAGGGGGGACGAGGUGAAAGUACUGAGGAAGACCACAGAGGAUAAAGGCUGGUGGGAAGGGGAGUCUCAAGGCAGAAGAGGAGUUUUCCCAGACAACUUUGUGCUCCCACCACCUCCAGUGAGUAUGGAGCCAGACACUCAGAUCAAGAAGCUGGCCCCACGAAAAGUGGUAUCUCGAGAAUCAGCUCCUAUUAAGGAAACAAAAAAGAUGAUGCCCAAAACAGCGCUCCCUACCAUCAAGAAGCUGAUAACAACCCCCACUUUGCCCAGCAAAGUGAAGCCAUCUUGGACACCUGGUGGAGAUGGUCAGAAGCGCCCCUCCCGAGACUCUGGUGCCAAUGGCAGCCUCCUCAGUAGAGGUCCGAGCCACCCUGGCAGAAAGCGAUCCAGAACCCAGGCUUCCCAGCACCGCUCUAUAACCAGUCAGGAGCAGGGCAGCAGAGCAAAGGCAUCUCCUGUGAAUAAAACCCCUACUCUGGGCAAGACCCCCAAACCACAGAAGAUCCCAUCUCCGGAUAAGGCCCCCAGCCCAGAGGAGACCCCAACUCUGGAGGACAAAGCCUCUGCACCAGGUGUCCCACCUGAAGAUGAAGCCCCUGGCCCAAAGGUGGCCCUGUCUGGGGACGAGGCCUCUACCCUAGAAAAGGCCUUGACCCCGGAGCAGAUGCUAUCUGAAGAGGCCUCUGCUGGGGACGACACUCAGCGCCACCUCCUCUGUCCCGGGGCAGGGAAGCUGUCCACAGGCAAGUCUCUCCUGGUCAGUGAACCUCGGUCCCCAGAGGAGGUCAACACGCCAGAGGAGCCCUGCCUCUGCAUGAAGGAAUACCCCCUGGAUAAGACGGAUAGCUCUGCACUCCGGUCUGAAGUUAAGCCAGAGUCCGUGCCUGCCCUUGAGAAGGCCCAUCCCCUGGAAGAGGCCACCGCCCUCCUGGAGGAGGCACCUGGGAAGGAAGAGACUACCCCCCAAGAGGAGGUUUCCCCCAAAGAGGUAGAACCUGCUCAGAAGAAUCUACAUCCUGUCACUCCAACUCCAGACCCUCAAGAGACUCCCACUCUCUAUUCGCUGGUCCCGCAAAAUCCCACGGACAGCAAAAGUGACAGAGAUGAUGAUAUACUGAGGCUACAGGACGAGGUGGAGUCUUUAAGGAGGGCGCUGGAGCUGAUGGAAGUGCAGCUGGAAAGGAAGCUGACCGACAUCUGGGAGGAGCUGAAGAGCGAGAGGAAGAAGCGCUGGUUGCUGGAGGUUCAGAUGAAGCAGAAGAACCGGGAGUCCAGGACCUCCUGCCACGCGCAGACGCAGACGCACUGAGGGAGGACCCAAGAGGGACUACGGCGGGGCCUGAAGGGGGGGUCUGGCUCCGGCCACCCAAGUCCUGCACACGACUUUGGGAAACCCAAGAAAGUAAACUGCGGUGCACGUG